AUGUUUCUUAUAUUGGUCGGAGUGCUACUUCUGGCCUUUUAUUACUAUGGGGUUAGAAACCACAGGUACUGGGAGAAAAAAGGCGUGAAGUAUGAAAAGCCAUUAUUCAUGGUUGGCAGUUCCUUGAAGCAGUUCAUAGACAAAGUAAGUCUUUCAGAGCGGUUUGCGGUGCUCUAUAGAGAGUUUCCAAAUGAAAAAUUCGUUGGAUUCUUCGAUUUCAACUGCCCAGCUAUUCUCAUCCGCGAUCCUGAAGUGAUAAGACAUGUCCUGAACGUUGACUUCGCGUAUUUUCGCAAUCGUGGCCUGAACCCGCACAAAACGGUAGUUGAGCCUCUUAUGAAGAAUUUAUUUACUGUUGACGGCGACGUAUGGAGACUGAUGAGGAAGAAUUUAACACCAACAUUCUCCAGUGGAAAGCUUAAAGCUAUGUUCCCACUGAUUGUAGAAAGAACGGAGAAGUUGGAGAAGAUUGCUGCUGAAAUGGCCGAAUCACGCGAUGAAGUGGACGUUAGAGAACUGAUGGCGAGGUACACGACUGACUUUAUCGGCGCCUGUGGUUUCGGUCUCGAUUCUAUUGCUUUGAACGAUGAAAAUUCAGAUUUCAGAAAAUUGGGAAAGCGUAUUUUCUCUGUUACAUACAGAGACCAUUUUAUAUCUUUUAUGAAACGGAUGGCGCCGGAAACUUUAAAACAUGUUCAUUUUUUCGCACCUGAAAUAGAAAUAAAAACUACUUCAAUUAUAAAACAAAUUAUGUCAGAAAGAGACUUCAAACCAUCAGGAAGAAACGACUUUAUUGAUAUGAUGUUAGAAUUGAAACAACAGGCUAAAAUAGUCGGAGAGUCGGUAGAACAUACAAACCCCGAUGGUACUUCCAAAAUAGUGGAGUUAGAGCUGGACGAUCAGCUCCUGGCUGCUCAGGUGUUCAUAUUCUUCGCUGCCGGUUUCGAGACUUCUUCAUCAGCCAGCAGUUUCCUUCUACAUAUGCUAGCUUAUCACCCAGAGGUCCAAGAGCGUUGUCAGAAAGAAGUUGAUGAGAUUCUUAAGAAGUAUGACGGGAAACUGAGCUAUGAUGUUGUGAAGGAAUUAAAAUAUUUGGAAAUGGCAUUUAGAGAGAGUAUACGCUGUCUACCCUCUCCCGGAUUUUUGAUUAGAAAAACUGUUGCCAAGUACACAAUCCCCGGGACAGAUGUGACUCUGGACGAGGACAUGCCGGUCAUCAUCUCCACUGAAGCUUUAAGUUCUGAUAAGCAAUACUUCGAAGAUCCUGAACUCUUCAAACCAGAGAGGUUUCAUCCAGACAAUAUUCAAAACAUCAAGAGUUACACCUUCAUGCCCUUCGGAGAUGGCCCCAGGGCAUGCAUAGGUGAACGUAUGGGUAUAAUGCAGUCCAUGGCUGGUAUUGCCACUAUUCUAAAAACGUUUACAGUGUUGCCAUCUCGCUCCAGCCUCCGCAAGCCGCGCAUAGAUCCUAACUCCCUCUUCGUUCAGACCAUCAUCGGAGGACUGCCGCUCGCCAUGAAACGACGCCAGAAAGCUAAU